UAUGCAGUGUUUUCAGUUUAAUAAGUCUGUGUCAUCUUAUUUUAAGUAAUAAAUAUUAAGUGCCCUGUAAAAGCUAAAGUUGCAAAAAACGUGUCAUAAUCGUCCCAUUGUUUUUACCUCGUGUUUUGCUUAACGAAAUACCAAUGUCUUCUAUUAUUUUGUGACAGUUAAAUGUAAACGUGUUUGCAUCACAUUACUGGUACUUAAGUAAAAGUCUGACAAAUUACUUAAAACUUAAGACAAACUAUAUUUUCACUAACCAAAGCUAGAAUGUAACAACGACCAUUGUGUGCAGCAUUAGUGAAGGAAUAAAAAUAUUUUCUAGUUCCAACAGGAAUUCUACAGAAAACUGUUCGAAACCUGAGUGUGUCAUGUGACUGUGAAUCACCAAUUGCGUAAGAAUUUCUGAGUUGAAGAGUACGUUAACAAAGUAAAAAGGGUGGCUAGUACAUCUAUUCGGAGUAAUCGAUUAUUUAUCCAAACCUACGAGAGCUGGCAUGCCGUCGUCUUUUUCGUAUUUGAACUCUGUUUGAAACCGUGUGAUAUUACCACCCAUGAUUGAAGCGUUUCAGAACGAGAUAACAGUUUUGUAAGUUUAUCACACAUAUUUUAACAAAUUUUUUGCACACACUCAUUAUUACAUAUAUAUCUUCCUCUGUUUCCGCUCGUUUUUCCGGUAUACAACAGAGCAGGGGUUUAUACGCGUGUAUAGCGUAAGCUACUAGUACCACGAAAAGUGUGUUGGAAUUUCCUGUAUAUCACUUGCCUGGAGUUUUUAACCUACCAAUGGACGACUCUAGCGCGAAGUUUAAACAUAACGGACUAGGAAUGAGUUGUGGGCAAUCAGAAGGAAGUGGUUUAGUAAGUCAGGAAACAAAAGAUGUCACUUGCCUCUCCCAGUUUCCAUUUAUUACAGGGGAUCUUCCCCGUUAUUCGAAACGUAAACACAAUACCGAAAAUUUGUCCAGCGCCAACCGUAAUUUGGGUGCUACCAAAUUUAUAAAAGCAUCAGUGGGAACAAGUUCGGAGACAAAAGUGUUCUUAGACCUUGUGAAACAUAACGGUGAUUUUUUACAAAGAAAAAGGUUAAGAACUAUUUCAGAUCCUUCCAAAGGAGAACUAAAAAAACAGCUUGUGAGACCUACGAUUCUGAGUUUAAAAGAGGAUUCACCGCCAAAUGUUACGUGCUAUACACGUGAGAUAGAACCUAUAAAACAUUUCUUGCGAGGAAUACAUGGACGGUUUUCUGAGUCAGAUAACACAAAAUAUCCAAAUCAGUAUUUGAAUUCUGCUAUAUCUAAUGCUAGUGAAGAGUCAAGUGUUUUUAGUGAAAAUGCUCAUGAAAAUGACCUAACCUCAUUCACGCAUAAGAUAUCUGGUGGAACAUAUAACCUAGAUAGCAACCAUGGCCAGGGCCAGGGCUUUUCCCGUCUCGACACAAUGGAUACCACUACGCGUGAAUUCCAGCCCAUAGUUAGUCAAGACUCGGGGUUCGCCAGUCUGGCAGAUAAUAGUAUUGCCAUUUCUGAUUGGUCAAAUCAAAUUGAUACCAACGCUUCAGAGUGUUUAUGUGAAGAGCCAUUACCCGAAGAAGUAUUUUUCGAAGAUAUGGUUAUGUUACAGAAUUUAAAUAAAUUGUCCAGUGACGGUCAAGCGACGAAGGAUGCUAUUUCAUACAAACAGAAAACAACUGAUUCGUCAAUUUAUUAUUGUUCGAAUAGAAAUAAUUUAUCUCAGGAACCGACAUGUGAAAUAUUUAAAGAGAUUAACACCAAAGAAACUGUUUCAAUAGAAGGUGAAGUUACUCGUGAAGAACAGAGAAACCUCGACAUCCAGUACUGUAUGAUAGCUGAUAAAGAUGGUGAUAGAGCUUUACUUUUUUGUUUUAAGACUCCGUUGCACCUAGCGGUCAUUGUAGGUAAUCAACACCUUGUAGAAAUCUUGCUAGAAGAGGACGCUUCUCCUAAGCUACGGGAUCGUUAUGGAAAUACAUGUUUACACCUUGCUGUCAAAUAUAAGAGGCUAGAGUGUUUAAGGGUUCUUCUUAGCAACAGACUUACACGUCAGAUCGUAAACUCACUUAAUUAUGAUGGAUAUUCAGCGUUGCAUGUCGCCGUGACAAACAGGGCUAUUGCUGCAAUCAAGUAUCUAGUCAAGGCAAACUGUGAUAUCGAUGUACAGGACGGGAAGAGCGGAAGAACUCCCCUGUUUCAUGCUGUGAUGAACAACGACAAAUCCAUUGUUCAGCUUCUAUUAAAGAUCGGGGCUUCCCCAAAUGCCGUGGAUUACUCUGGUAUAUCUCCUCUGGAGGCAGCUGUGCUGAACGAGAAAGAAGAUAUAGCUAAUUUGUUAGAAAGUAGAAAUUUAACAAUUAAUUUCGUAAGAGAUCGAACGAACGAAUAACAUUCAAAUUUAAACUUGUAUUUAAAUGAACCAAAAGUGUAAAAAAAAAGCUACGGCUAAUAACUGUUUCAUAAAAGAUUCCUGAUACAGAACUUACUUAUCAGUAUGGGUAAAUAAAAACACGCAAAACAACAAAAGUUUGCUCAGGAGAACAAAACAAAGCGAAGGAGGAAGUGAAAGAAUACCUUGAUUACUUCAUUAAAAACAAAUGUAUUGCACGUGACAUACAUCAGUUACUUGGAAUAAAAACGUCGAAAUGAACGUAAUGGAUACGUUAACACUUCAUUAAAAACAAAUUUAUUGCAAGUGAGAUACGACAGCUACUUGGAAAAAAAAUGUCUUAAUGAGAAGAAAGGAAGUACACGAAAUUACAAACGUCAUACUUAACAGCAACUGUGCUAGUGUAUCGUCAUACUUAACAGCAACUGUGCUAGUGUAUCGUCAUACUUAACAGCAACUAAACUGCUUUGUUUAAAACAGUUUUUUAAAGUAGUGCGAAAUUUAAAUAUGUUAAAAAAAACCAAAAGCUAUUUAAUAAAAACUGUGUGUAAAAGGUCUUCAUGAAGCUUAUGCCCUUUUUUUCAUCCAUACUUAUUUUGUGGGCAAUAGAGUGUUCGGAAUAGAAACGCUUUCAUAUGAUAAAUAUGUAUUUCUGGUCGAUAGAUGUAUUUGAGGGUGAAUAUCAUUUGUAGAAAUAUAUAUAUUUGGGUUUAUCUGUUGAAAAUAAGUCUAGAAGACAGUCAUAUUAAGUUACGGCUUGUUGGUAACAGAUUCAGUAAUUUAGUAGUUUCUAAUUUAUCUUUUUUUGCGUUGUUAUUCAUUACUAAGGUAUGGUGAUGUAUUAAUCAGAGAGUAAUAUUUAUUGUUUGCUUAACACCGCAUUCUAUGAUUUUCUACGUUUGCAGGUAAUUAACUUAAUUGCGUAAGUUUCUUGUAACCAAAACUAGUACUAUGUCAAAAAAUGGUUGACCUAAUCAAUAUUUGUAGUUUUCCAGUGAAUAACUUACGAAAUGCAAACUAUCUUCCGACUUAUUUGUGGGAGGAAAUGUAUAUAUAUAAUUUAUGUGAAAAAUGUAUUUUGCUAUUUAUUUUUGAAGUGUAGUUAGUUGGAUUGUUAGCACGUGAACAGAACUGUACUAUAGCACUUGUAAACGUGUUAAAGUGAUGAAGCAAAAUUACUUGAAUUGUUAUUACUCAUAAUACAAUUAUUUAGGAUUGGUGGUGUGAAGAUUGAAUAUUGUUGCGGUAGAUUUUCGCUUCGUAGUCACGAUCAAUAUUUUCGUAAAUAGAAUGGUGAAUUAAUUAAACCAAGCCUCAUAUUUCCUUGCGUCUUUGUGAAAGUUCGUGGAAACAAGAAAUGCACGAAAAAAUUCUCACACCUUGUUUCGAACGACUCGACAAUUUACAUGUUCGUGUAAAUAGACCCGUACAGUCAAUCCGAAGACCCCAGAAGGCGCCCCAUUAUGAUCUAGAUAUAUAUGUUAAGGGUUCCUCCUUACGUUUCCAUGCCAUUUUCUAUGUAAAUCAAUAAAUCUAUUUCUGAGAAUCUCAAAAUCCUAUGGGGACUCAGUUUUUAAAGUUUUCAAAACCUGGAUUUAGAUUAUGGAUCUGAAACUUCUAUUCACAUGUUAAUACCAAUUUAAAGUAAAUCUGAGAGCCUCCAUCACUCUUUGAUAUAAAUUAUUUUGGCCUAUUCAAAAUUCUUUCAAAAAUUGUUUUUUUUUUCGUUUGUAUUCUAUGGACGCCAAAAGCCGACAUGCAAAAUUUCAAGUUGCUUUAUAAAACACCGUUGAAGUCUAAAAUCAAGUAAACAUGGAUACAUACAAUUAAAAAAAAUGUUAUAUAGAUGUGAAUAGUUCAGAAAAGAAAGUUCACAGUUAUGGUCCAAAGUAAAAGUGGAAUUUUACUGAUAGUUUUAUGUGAUUGUUAUUGAACGAUUUUAGUGCCAUCUAUAUUAAUGUUUAAGUAGCACCAUAGAAGUUAAAAAAAAAAGCUUUUUAGAGAGAAAAUCCUUUAUUUCUGAUAAGUGGUAUAACGACUCUUUUAAUUAGCGAGUUCCUAAAAGAUUGUUGGUUGUAUGAAACUGAUUGUAUUAUUUGUUUGUCCAUUUAACUUAUUAACAUGAUUAGAAAUAGUCACCGAAAGAAAGUAAUUCUAAAACAAAAACUGACGAUGUUAUGCCUUUGUUAAGAUGUGAAAGUGUUUUGCGUCAUUAUAUAUGGAAAAUGUUGUAAAAUGUAACAAAAGUUGGAAACACUACGAAAAUACACUGGACAAAUAACAAGA